CCUGACGAAGUGCCCUCGCCAAGAUGUGUAGCCCUACUCACAUAACGCAAAGGAUUAAACUUUGGAUAUGUUAUUUAGUUUUAUUUGCAGUUAUUGAUGUUUUGGGUUCCAACAUCUGUACAUCCCGAGGGGCCAGCACAUGUAAGCAGUGUCUGGCUGUACAUCCUACCUGUGCGUGGUGCUUCCAAGAGGACUUUGGGCAGGGGGUGGCAGGCUCUUCUCGUUGUGACCUGAAGCGUAACCUGGUGGCGGCGGGCUGUGAUCAGACCGCCCUUGAGUUCCCCACCAGCAAGCUGCAGGUGAAAGAGGACCGGCCCCUCAGCGACAAGGCAGCCGGAGACACGGUCGACGCCACCCAGAUCCAACCUCAGAGACUUCACAUCACCCUCAGACCAGACGACUCCAAGCGGUUCACAGUGAAGGUGCGCCAGGUAGAGGACUACCCGGUGGACCUGUACUACCUCAUGGACCUGUCCUUUUCCAUGAACGACGACCUGUUCCGCCUCCGCACCCUGGGGAAAGGCCUGGCCAAGGAAAUGGGACGCACCACCAGCAACCUGCGCAUGGGCUUCGGAGCCUUCGUGGACAAGCCACUGUCGCCUUACAUGUACAUCUCCCCCAAGGAGGCCCUGCUCAACCCCUGUCACGGGAUCAACACCACAUGCCUGCCCCAGUUUGGCUACAAGCAUGUGCUGUCUCUGACUGAGGAGGUGGGCCGCUUCACUGAGGAAGUGAAGAAACAGAUCGUGUCCAGGAACAGAGAUGCCCCUGAGGGAGGCUUCGACGCCAUCAUACAGGCUGCUGUGUGUAAUGAGAAGAUCGGCUGGCGUCAGGGUGCCUCUCACCUCCUGAUCUUCACCACCGAUGCCAAGACCCACGUGGCGCUGGACGGGCGCCUGGCGGGUAUCGUGCAGCCCAAUGACGGGCAGUGCCACCUCAACUCAGAGAACAUGUACAGCAUGUCUACUAUCAUGGACUACCCGUCACUGGCUCUGAUCACAGAGAAGAUGUCAGAGAACAACAUCAACCUCAUCUUUGCUGUCACCAGUCCUGUGGUGCCCCUCUACCAGAACUACAGUGAGCUGAUUCCUGGGACCACUGUGGGCACCCUGUCCAAUGACUCAGGCAAUGUCAUCCAGCUCAUAUUGAAUGCCUAUGCGAAAAUCCGCUCGGUGAUUGACAUGGAGACACAAGGGGUACCUGAGGAGCUGUCUCUAUCCUUCAGCGCCACCUGUCUCAAUGGAGAGGUCAUCCCUGGCAUCAAGUCCUGCUCUGGACUCAAGAUAGGAGACACGGUCUCCUUCAGCGUGGAGGCGCGGGCGCGCGGCUGCCCCAAGGACAAGCGCAAGACAUUCGUCAUCAAGCCUGUGGGCUUCAAGGACUCUCUGACCGUCACCGUCACCUUCGAGUGCGAGUGCAAGUGCCAGGCCCACGCCCAGCCACUCAGCCCUGUCUGUAACAAUGGCAACGGCACCUACGAGUGCGGCAUCUGCCUGUGUCACCCGGGGCGACUGGGGCCGCGGUGCGAGUGUGCCGAGGGUGACUACAGCGCCAAGGAACAGGACCGGUGUAGUGUUCCCUCCACCGGGGGCAUUGGGGGGGCAGGGGGUCCUGGGGCAGCGGUGUGCACUGGGAGGGGCGACUGCGUGUGCGGCCAAUGCGUGUGCCACAGCAGCGACUUUGGCAAGGUGUGGGGCAAGUUGUGCGAGUGCGAUGACUUCAACUGCCUGCGCUACAAGGGCGAGCUGUGCUCAGGCCACGGCACCUGUGACUGUGGGUUCUGCCAGUGUGACUCGGACUGGCAGGGGGAGAACUGUAACUGCUCCCGCCGUACUGACACCUGUAUGUCCAGCCUUGGCCUGCUGUGUAGCGGCCGGGGCCAGUGUGUUUGCGGGGCCUGCGAGUGCACCCAGCCGGGGGCCUACGGGGCCACCUGCGAUAAGUGCCCCACCUGCCCCGAUGCCUGCACCAUGAAGAAAGAGUGUGUGGAAUGUAAACAUUUCAAGAGAGGGAAGCUGUUCAAUGACAACACCUGCACCCGCAUCUGCAGAGACGAGAUUCAGCUAGUGGAUGACCUUGAGUUCCAUGAUAAAAAUGCUGUGAACUGCACCUAUAAGGACGAGGAUGACUGUGUGGAGCGCUUCCAGUAUUAUGAGGAUGCCAGUGGCAAGUCCAUCCUAUUUGUGGUCAAAGAGCCUGACUGCCCUAAAGGUCCAGACAUCCUGGUGGUGCUGCUGUCCGUAGCCGGGGCCAUCUUGUUUCUGGGUCUGGCUGGCCUGCUCAUCUGGAAGCUACUGGUCACCAUUCAUGACCGCCGUGAGUUCGCCAAGUUCGUGGAGGAGCGUGCCCACGCCAAGUGGGAUACGGGCCAUAACCCCCUGUACAAAGGAGCCACCUCAACCUUCACAAACAUCACAUACAGAGGCAACAAGGAGUGAUGGCAACCAGGAUCACUGAAAUGACUGCAACAUUUGAAGGAUCACUGAAAUGACUGCAUCAUUUGAAGGAUCACUAAAAUAACUGCAUCCAUUGGAUUCUUUCAAUGUCCUCUGGAAUGUUAUGAUUUCAUGUGCUGGCUCUACUGUCACAAGAAGAAGAUGUAAUAUUUGUGUAGUGGUUUGUUGUAAAUAUGUAUUUAAACGAUACCAAAUAUGUUUUUAGGAGGCAUUUCAACAAUAACUACCAUCAAGUUCUAUCACGAUCCAUAAUUUUGAGUUCUAUCACGAUCCAUAAAUAUAACUUAAGCUGUCCAUUAAUGAAAGUAGAGUAGGCUACAUUGAGAGAUAAAUGUACGACGGUAGACGUGACUCGAAUAAGGCACAUUUCUUUCUUUAGUGACAGAGAAGCGAAGGCCAAAUAAUGAUACUCAUAGCACACGCUUGACAUCACUUACUCAUCAGCGUGUUGUAAUUUCCUGUCCACAUGAUAAGCACAUUGGCCAAAUAACAUUUCUGAGAUGUGGUUUAGCGAUCUGUCACUUUGCUAAAACAGAAAAACGCCUCUGGGUUCUCUCGCUUUCACAUUUCACAGAUAGUUUCCUUCAGCUGUUGACAUUGACUUGUAACAUAUCUCUCAGAUAUGCAAAAGUAUUAUGCUUAAAUGUUUUUACGUCAGCUAUGGUGUACAUUAUGAUUCUAUGUACUGCACAUUGGCCCAUAUCUAUAGCGUAUUAGAGUAGGAGUGCUGAUUUAGGAUCAGAUCAUAAUGAAUAGGAUUACAUGGAUAGGGGGAACCUGAUCCUAGAUCAGGACUCCUACUGUGAGAUGACCUAUUGGUAAAGAGGUGUGGAGUCUUUGUUUGUAUGUGAAACCAGCACUGCCUUCUUACAUUCCCAGUUAUUGUCAAUAUAAUGUUCAGGUAUACCAUUCUUCAGACACAACACCACAAAUCAUCUCUCAAUCACAUGGUAUAUUUACUCCUUUAGCAUCAUAGUCAGUGUCUUGUAUUCAUAAAUGUGACGUGUUAUUAAGAUAUUUGCUCACUGUAUAUAUUGUUGCACUUGUUUACUUUAAUCAACUGCCCUUGUUGAUUAUGGGUCAGUUAAGCUGUCAAUCAUUUGUAAGACCUAACUUUAACUAGACCUCCAGCCCCCAAGAUGUCACUGAUGAUAGGUUUCACUGACACCGGACACUGUUUUUAUUUGCUCAAAACAUCCCAUUACCAGAAAAGGAAGGAAGCACAGAGUACGCUCUUACGCUUACUAUGACGACAUCGUUCCAUAUCAAAUUCACAGGGUCUGUGUUUUAAAAAUGUUUGCAAUUCUUUUACAUUGUUUUUCAUAUCCACUUUUGCAAGGGAAACAUUUAAAUAAAUAAAUAAUGGGUUUAAAUGGA